GCCCCACACGGCCCCACCUCCGCGAGAAUACCGCGAGAUAAGCCUUCGUGCCGCCAUUGGCGCAGCACCUGAUGGGCGCCCUAAUGCGCUGCUCGCCAUGGCAACUUUGGGGGUUCCCGCUGCCAAGCAUCGUGUCUUGCCGCUUGCCAUCCUGUCUUGCCGCUUGCCAUCGUGUCUUGCCGCUUGCCAUCGCGCACUUCCAUUAGGUCUCGAUGCGAUGCUUCCGCGGCGAGGCGGGAAUGCAAGCCCACGCGCUGCCCAAUUGGCUGUUGCGUUGUGCCUCUGCCUUGUCCGCCCUCAGGCUGCAGUGUCCGGCUGCAGCGUCCCCAACGCAAAAGGUGUCCUCCGUCAGGGGUGUUUACACGAUGGCGUCAAGCUACUUUCGUCCCCGUGGGGCUGCGCGAUCGGCGAGAAACACGUGCGACGCUGGGGUGAUAGGGGGUCAUACGGUGAUGUGAUGGCUUCGUUGCAAGCGGCGCGAUAUGAGGGGUGUGUCGCGUGGCUUUGAUGCGAUGUGCCGUCGUCGAGGAAAAGGGGGCAAAGUCCAAGUCUACCGGUAUGCCCGGGGUCGGCUCGAUGCCCCCAAGAC